AUGGGAAUCGUAGAGGAGGCUCAGAAUGUGAAGAUCAUCGGAGACGGCCAACAGACGGUGGUUCUCGGCCAUGGAUUCGGCACCGAUCAAUCGGUCUGGAAACACCUGAUCCCGCAUCUGGUGGAGGAUUACAAGGUGGUUCUGUACGACAACAUGGGCGCCGGGACUACCAAUCCAGAUUAUUUCGACUUCGAGCGCUACAGAAGUCUGGAAGGUUUCGCGUACGAUCUGCUGGCGAUGUUCGAGGAGCUUCGAAUUGAUUCGUGUGUGUUCGUCGGCCACUCUGUUUCGGCGAUGAUCGGCGCGUAG